UGGUGUGAGAAAAACAAAAAAGCAACUGAAGAAUGAGAAACCAUACAGAAGUAACAGAGUUUAUCCUCCUGGGACUGUCAGAUGACCCUAAGCUUCAGGUGGUGAUCUUUGCCUUUCUGCUCAUCACCUACAUGUUCAGCAUCACUGGAAACCUGACCAUUAUAAGCCUUACCCUGAUGGAUUCCCACCUCCAGACCCCCAUGUAUUUCUUCCUCAGAAAUUUCUCCUUAUUAGAGAUUUCAUUCACAACUGUCAGUAUACCUAAGUUCCUGGCCACCAUUAUUUCCGGAGAUAAAACCAUUUCCUAUAAUGAUUGCAUUGCUCAGUUAUUUUUUUUCAUUCUCUUGGGAGUCACUGAAUUUUACCUUCUGGCUGCCAUGUCCUAUGAUCGCUACAUUGCCAUCUGCAAACCUCUGUAUUACAUGACCAUCAUGAAUCGAAGAAUCUGUAUACUCCUUGUCUUCACUUCGUGGCUAGUUUCAUUCCUAAUCAUCUUCCCUGCACUCAUGUUGCUCUUAAAACUUGAUUACUGUAGGUCAAAUAUUAUUGAUCAUUUUACCUGUGAUUAUUUUCCCCUGCUGCAACUUUCUUGUUCAGAUACAAAAUUCCUAGAGAUCAUGGGGUUUGCCUGUGCUGUGUUUACUCUGAUGUUCACUUUGGUAUUGAUAAUUCUGUCCUACAUAUGUAUCAUCAGAACAAUUCUAAGAAUUCCUUCUAAUAGUCAGAGGACAAAGGCCUUUUCUACAUGUUCAUCUCACAUGAUUGUCAUCUCCAUCUCUUAUGGCAGCUGCAUUUUUAUGUAUAUCAAACCUUCAGCAAAAACUAGAGUGUCUUUGAGCAAGGGAGUUGCUGUGCUAAACACCUCAGUAGCUCCCAUGCUGAACCCCUUUAUUUACAGCUUAAGGAAUCAGCAAGUCAAGCAAGCCUUCAUGAACAUAGUAAGGAAAACUAUUCUUCACAAGCAAAUGAAAUAAUAUGGCAUAGUGAAUUAGAGACAUAAUGUAGAGAAAUUUAAAAAAUAUAAACAUGACAUUUCUGUAGCUUCUUCAGA